UCCUGUACUGCACUUAACUACAGUUCCAAGAUACUUAUACGUUACGUGAGUUGUUGUAUUUCGAAGUACUUGUGCUUUACUUUUGAUGAAAUAAAAAUUUGUAACUGAGUUAUGAAUUGUAGUUUUACUACUUUUACUGAGGUAAAGGAUCUUCCACCUCUGGGUUUUUAAUUUGAACCCUGAAUAAUUUGAGAUCAAUAGCUGUAAAUGUCGGUGUUUUGUUUGAGUUGUCCUUCCUAGCCAAAUGACAUGUUCACCAAUGCUCCAGUUUUAAUGUUUAUGUUUUCUUUGAUUGUCUUGAAAGACCACUAAAUAAAACGUCUGCUUAAUGGAGUUAUGAACAUAUUUUUAUUAACUGUUUUAAAAAGCACUAUUCUGAUCCAUUUGCAGUAGCUUUUCAAUACAAGAAACAACAUAAUGACAUUUAAUAAGACGCAUAUAUACAGUACGCUGCCCUCCGUUUCUACGCAUUACGGUUUCAUGCUUUUAUUGUGAAAGUUCGAUUGUGCAUAUUCCGGUUUGAGUUUGGCGUGUGGAAGUUUCCGGUAAAUUCCCGUCUGUCAGCUGAUUAUCUGCUCAUGAUCUGCGUUUUUAGAUUUUCUAAAUAAUUAUACUUUAUCGUUUUUAAUUUUUUUUUUUUUUUUUUUUAAAUAACGACCUCUAUAUGACAUCACAUUUGCCUGUCACACGGCGGUAAACAGAAUGACGUCAUAUGUGUGGGACGCUGAGUUGCCGGUGGAUGGAGGAGUGAAGGUGACAGAAUAAUAAUAAAAUUGAAUUUAGUGAUUUAUUCUCCUCCGCUCUGAAACUCGGGAACUCCUCACCUGAGCGCUGACGUCACAGAGGACUUUGUGGGAGGUGGGGGUCACCAUGUGGAGUGUGGGGGGAUCAGUGAGGUCCAGCCUCCUGCAGCUCCGCCUCCCUCAGCUUCCCGUUCGAGGAGUCUGUUCAACUGUGAUCCACAGGAAGUCAACUGCACCUGGUCUCACCUGGUCUGCACCUGCAUCUGUUGGACUCACUUCAGCCUGCUGUCAGAGGUCACUUGUCAGGACUGCCUCAGGUGUCAGUGGUGGGGAUGUUGCUGGUGUUGCAGGUGCAUCCGGCUGGUACAGCAGCCUGGCGGACUCUGCUCUGGUUCACCUGUGUGAACACUUCCUGGUGAGUGUGCAGCAGGUGAGCGGGCUGCCAUGGUGGAUGAGUAUUGCUGUGGCAACGUUAUCAGUCAGGACACUCAUCACCCUGCCGCUUGCCGCCUACCAGCUGGUCAUCGUCUCCAAGGUGGAGGCGCUGCAGAUGGAGAUCUCUGAGCUGGCGAAGAGACUUCGAUACGAAGUUUCAGUCCGAGCAAGAGAGAGAGGCUGGACCGACAAACAGAGCCGGUUCCACUUCCAGAAGAAUCUGCGUCAUCUUGUUUCUCAGCUCUACAUCAGAGACAACUGUCACCCCUUCAAAGCCAGUCUGCUGGUCUGGGUUCAGCUGCCCCUCUGGAUCAGCCUCUCUCUGGCCCUUCGAAACCUGAGCCUGGAUCAGUCUGCGCUGCAGUGUGAUCUGGCAGCAGGGGGCGCUCUGUGGUUCCCGGACCUCACCUCACCUGACUCCACCUGGAUCUUGCCGGUCUGUCUGGGACUCAUCAACCUUCUCAUUGUGGAGGUGUUUUCUCUUCAGAGAGUCAGUCCGACUCGGUUCCAGAAGCUGGUCCUGAACUUCAUCAGAGGAUUCUCAGUCCUGAUGAUCCCCAUCGCUGCUACCGUCCCCUCGUCCAUGGCUCUGUACUGGUUUACCUCCAGUCUGUUGGGAUUCAGUCACAACCUUCUCCUUCGUUCUCCUGCGAUCCACAAAAUCCUCAAACUCCAAACUGCUCGCUCAGACUCUCCAUACAGAGACCUGCUGUCUGCAUUCAUCAGCAAAUACUACAAAUAAAUACACAGACUACUUCAAAUAUAAAGUACUUCAGCUGUAUAUAUGUUUUCUAUCAGUGUGCCUCAGACCUGUUCCAUGUGAUUUAUGGUUUAAACAUUCAAACUCUUGUUAAAUUAUUAUCCAUGAACAUUCAUAACACUCUAAUACUCAUUGUUAAAAUUUCAUAAUAUUACAAUAAACUCUGCAGUUAAAUCCUGCUCUGUAAGAACUGAACCAAAAAGAGUUUGAACAAUAACAGGAAGAAUAAAUGUGACCUCUGACUCUGGGAUAUUUCCUGUUUGUUUUUAUCCCACCGACCAGCUGACAAUUGACAUCCUGCCGUUUUAUAAAGCCCUCAAACAUC